CCAGUUUUCAGCAAACAAACUUGUUGCCAACGGCAAACAUCGCGCCCACACCCGUGUCUAGACCAAAGAAAAAAGCCAAAAAACCAAAAACUACCGCCAUCAUGUACUCUUCAAAGAUGACCACUCUGAUGACCAUUCUGUUGCUGAGCUAUUGCAUUCUAAGCUUGAUGGAUGCUGGCGAAGCCCUUCCCUCCAUUGGACACUAUGGCAAACGUUUUGAUCCCAUGGGUGGCAUCGAUUUCAUACAGAUUUGCCUCAACAAUUGUGCCCAGUGCAAGAAGAUGUUUGGCGAUUACUUCCAGGGCCAGACCUGUGCCGAAUCCUGUCUCAAGUUCAAAGGCAAAGCCAUACCCGAUUGUGAAGAUAUUGGCUCCAUAGCACCAUUUCUGAAUGCUCUUGAGUAGAGAGAAGAGGCGACAGAAAUGAUGAGAUGAGAUGUAUGUAUAUGUGGAUUGUAUAUAUAUAUAUGUGUAUGUGGAUUUUAUGGCCAGUGACUCACGGAUGCGGAUUUGGGUCAAUGAGACGCUCAACACAAAAACGAUCUUGGCUGUCGACAACUGACUUUGGCUAAAAUACGCAAAACUUUUACGACUUUGACUAACUCUCUGGGGGCAAUCCAUGUCCAACUCAAGCACGUAACCACCAAAAUAAAACACACACAA